CACAAAGAUAGGUUCCCUGGGGCUUGACUUUGCCAUGGCACUGCUACUGUGGCUGAUUUGGCCCAUUCUGGUGCUAGCGGUGGACCAAAGUAAGUUCCGCACUUGUGAACAAACCUCUUUCUGCCGGCGUUUCCGGGCUUACACCAAGGAGGUGUCCACUCAGCAAGCUGCGUUGCCAAGCCCCGUUCACUCUGCUUCAGAAGUGCUGGUUGAGGGCCAUAAGGUCUCUGCCAAGAUCGUCCACCGCUAUGGGGAAAGUGCCCAGCUGGAACCGCUCACCUUGCAGUUGCAGUUCUUUCGGUCCCAGCAGAGCUGCGGAGUGGUCCGCUUCACCCUGGAGCACGAGCCGAGCACGGGCCGGAGCUCCGUGGUGCGCCGCAGCGUGGUGGAGCCCGCGGGGCCCUUGGAGCCGGAUGAGGUUGUGGCCGCAACGGUGGAGGGUGGCACAACAUUCACCUCGAAGAGCGGAGCUUGUGCUGUUCUGCUGCGACACCAACCCUUUCAACUGGAGAUCUUUCGUGAUGGGCUUCUGCUGCAGACCUUCAAUGCCAGGCACUUCCUGAACUACGAGCUGCCACGGCACGGCCGCGCCACAGAGUCGCCACGGCCUGUGGGGCCUCCACUGGAUGCGGCCGACCUGGAUCCCAGGUUCCUGUGGGAAGAAUCCUUCGAUCAGUUCGUGGACCGCCGGCCCGGUCCCACAGGCCGCGGCUUUGACGUAUCCUUUGCCGAGAGCAUGGCGCUGGUGGGGUUGGCAGAGCAUGCGACCUCCUUGCAUCUGGGCAAGUUUCAAGAACCUUACCGACUCUACAACUUGGACGUCUUUGAAUAUGAGGUGGAUGUGCCCAUGGCUCUCUAUGGCGCCAUUCCCUUCGUGACCUGCGUCCAGCGCUCCGGAGCCUCGGGGCUGCUGGCGCUGAAUCCCUCGGAGGGCUUCGUUCAGGUGGAUGCCAGCAACGCCACGGAGAGCUGGUGGAUCUUUGAAACUGGACCCUUGGAGCUCUACUUUUUCCUGGGCCCUUCGGUGACCGACGUCCUGCAACAGUACCACACGGUCACGGGCUUGCCGCGCAUGCCGCCCCUGGCAGCCUUGGGGAAGCAUCAGUCACGGUGGAACUACAUCACGCCAGAGGAUGUCAUGGAGGUGAGCCGAAACUUUGAUCGGCACGGCAUCCCAUUGGACUUCCUCUGGCUGGACUUGGAACAUACGCAUGGCAAGCGUUACUUCACCUGGGAUCCCAAGCACUUCCCACUGCCUGAAGUGGAGACGAUGCUGGACAGCUUGAAUCGAACACACCGAAAGUUGGUGACCAUCAUCGAUCCCCACUUGUUUGCAAAUGAUUCAAACUACACAGUCGCCAACCUCUUCAAAGAAAAGAAGUUGGUGGUCCAAAAACCCUCAGGAGAAGACUUCCAUGGAUUCUGCUGGCCUGGCCCUUCGGUGUAUCCGGACUUUUGCUCCCCGGAAGCGCGAGCUGAAUGGGCGAAGCUCUUUGAUUUCAAGGCAUACCCCGGACGCCCAGCGGAGCUGUACACAUGGAAUGACAUGAAUGAGCCCAGCGUUUUCGAUGGGCCAGAAAUCACCCUGCCGAAGGACACCCGGCAUCACUGUGGCGAUGAGAUCCUGGAGCAUCGGGAGGUGCACAACCUCUAUGGCUUCUGGGUUCAGGAGGCGAGCGUCCAGGGCCAUCUGCUGCGUCAGCCCGAGCAGCGGCCCUUCGUGCUGACGCGGAGCUUCUUCGCAGGGUCCCAUCGCCAUGGCGCGGCUUGGACGGGGGACAACAUGGCCAACUGGAGGCAUUUGGAACGUUCAGUUCCCAUGCUUUUGUCCCUGUCCCUGUGUGGCUUAUCACUGGCUGGUGCUGAUGUGGCUGGCUUCAUGGGUGACCCUGAUCUGGAGCUGUUUGUGCGAUGGCAUCAGCUGGGCAUUUGGUAUCCUUUCUAUCGGGCCCAUGCACAUCUCACCAGCAAACGCCGUGAGCCCUGGAUCUUUGGCACCACAGUCCUUGAAAAGGUCCGCAGCGCCGUUCUGACGCGCUACCGGCUGUUGCCCAUGUGGUACACCCUGGCAGCCGAGUGGGCACUGCUUGGUCUUCCAAUGAUCAGACCCAUUUGGUAUCAUGAUCUUCAGGAUACGCAGGCUUUUCAGCACGCUGACAGCCACUUCUUUGUGGGUGAUGCCUUGUUGGUGCGCGCACCAGAGACCGGCAAGUCUGUGAAGCUGUAUCUUCCUGGGAAUUCGAGCUGGUACGACUUCUGGGAUCCUAGUUCCAUUCGCCCCAGUGGAAGCUACAAGGAACCGUUGCACAAGCACCACGUGCCCGUUUUUGUCCGCUCGGGACAUUGCUUGGUGCAGCGCUGGCGGCCGCGACGCAGCAGUGGUGCUAUGGAGGGCGAUCCCUACACAGUGGUCUGCUAUGGCCAACCAGCCACUGGUCGUGUGUAUAUUGAUGACGGCCGAAGUCAUGAAUAUCAGAAGGGGGCCUACAUCUUUGAUGAAAUCACCUUGGAUUUCAACGCCUUGCGAGGAACUGCCUCAACGUUGGACAAGACGAAGCGCGCGGCUUCCGCACCCAGCGUGGAACGGCGCAUCGAACGGCUGGUGCUGCUGGGGAUGACGAAGAUUCCGAAACAGAUCACCAAAGGAGAAGAAACUUUGGACUUCAGCAUCGACUCGCAGCCAGAGAGGACUUCAGCCGUGGACCUCACUGUCCGCAAACCCGGGCUUUCCUUUGGAAGCAGCUGGUCCAUCCACUUCCACUGACAAAAA